ACUGCAUAAUAACCAGGUUAUUUGGUAUGCUCAUGAUUACCUUGCAGUCAUAUCCAGUACUUGGAAGACUUGCUGUGUGCAGGGCAGAUCUGAGUUAACUAUCAGAACCUUACAGGUGACUGAAUGGCUGGCUGACAGAUCUGUAACACUUAACAUGCAUAUAAUAAUGUCUGACCUCCCAGAGCACAGGACUGUUCAACACCCCAUAGUUAAGGAAAAUAUUAGAAGGGAAACACCCAAGUGUCUCUAUUGGUUCCUUUCAUUUGGUCCGAAAGAGAUUUAAACCCAGUGGGGACUGGUGGCAUCAGCAGCUGAGCUGGAAAGAGAAGAGCAGUGGCAGCUUUCAGCUUGCUCUUGCAAGUGACAUCUGAAUAAGAAGGGCCCCAAAGCAGAACACUAAAGACUAUCCCAGAGUGUCUUUCACUUAACGUUAGAACCCUUCCUAUGCCCUAAUGAAAUAAGCCUUUCAGCAUACGUGUUGCCUUGCUAUUUUUAUGAGACCAACCAUCUCUCUGAAGAACUACAAGAUGGGUUACUGGCAUAAUAUUUCCUUCAUUCUGGGGGUGUUACUGUAUAGUGCUCUCCAAACAGCAGCUCUUCAACUGCCUGCAUCUCAGAAUUGCACCAGCAAAGGUCAGAAAAUCUCCCUCAGCCACUCAUACAAGAUUGACCUGCCCAAGUCAUCCCAGAUCCAGGUAGAAGAAGAACCAUUGCCCCUCAGAGAUGAAAGUCAUACUCUGCCUGAUAUGGGAGAAGCAGAGGAGGGCAAGGAGCAGAAUAUCAUAUUCAGGCAUAACAUCCGAGUCCUCACACCGAAAGGUGACUGCGAAGCCUUGGACCACCUCAGAGCCCUUCUGGAAAGGAUGGAGAAGCUGGAGAAAGAAGUGAUGGAGCUGAGGGAGGCCUGCAAUCCACAGAAGUGUUGUGGGGGAGGCCAAGGCAUUUCAGAUUGCAGUAGCCAUGGAACUUUUAUCCAAGAGAUCUGCAGCUGCAACUGUGAUGAAGGCUGGGAAGGAAGCGACUGCUCUCAUCCCAGCUGCCCCAACAGCUGUAGUGGCAAUGGACGCUGUGUCGAUGGCAAAUGCAUCUGCCAUGAGCCCUAUGUUGGUGAGGACUGCAGCCAGAGGCUGUGCCCUGAGAACUGCAGUGGCAAUGGCAUCUGCAACAAUGGUGUUUGCCAGUGCUAUGAGGAGUUCAUUGGAGAUGACUGCAGUGAGAAGAGAUGUCCCAAUGACUGUAAUGGCAAUGGGUUCUGUGACACAGGCGAGUGCUACUGCCACGAUGGCUUUGUUGGCCUUGAUUGCUCCCAAGUGCUUACCCCUCAGAAUCUGCAGCUGCUAAAGACCACAGAGGGUUCCCUGACCCUUAGCUGGGAUGAGGUGAUUGAUGUGGAUUAUUAUCUCAUCAGCUAUUAUCCAAUGGGAUACCAGACCUCUGUAAAACAAGUCAGGGUGCCCAAAGGACAACUCAGCUAUGAGAUUGUGGGCCUUCAUCCCAGUACAACAUAUAACAUCACGCUUCGCCAUGUGAAGAAGGGGAUUUCCAGUGACCCAGAAAAUCUACAAGCGAGCACAGCUCUGUCUGUGGUUGGUGCUAUCUGGGUGACAGACGAGACAGGGGACUCACUGGAAGUGGAGUGGGAGAAUCCUCCAGCAGAGGUGGAUUAUUACAAGCUAAGGUUCCGCUCACUGCCUGGGCAAGGUGAAGAGGAGGUGAUGGUGCCUAAAAGCAGUGAACCAAAGAGCAGAUACAUCAUCACUGGCUUGAAACCUGGCACAGUGUAUAAUAUUACUGUCAUAUACAUGAAGGACAAUAUAGAGGGGAAACCAUCAUCAGUGACUGGCAGGACUGGAAUAGAUGGCCCAACUAACCUAGUGACUGACCGAGUGACAGAGGACACAGCCACCAUUUCCUGGAAGGGGGUCCAGGCUCCCAUAGACGGGUACAUGGUGAGCUACACCACAGCUGAUGGGGACAGCAAGGAGGUGGCAGUCAGGAAAGACAAGAGCAUGACCACUCUGACUGGACUGAGACCUGGCAUGGAGUACAUCAUCUAUAUCUGGGCUGAGAAGGGAGCCCAUCAAAGCAAGCGGACAAGCACUAAAGCUGUGACAGAAAUGGACGGCCCAACUAACUUGGUGACUGACCGAGUAACAGAGGACACAGCCACCAUCUCCUGGAAGGGAGUCCGGGCUCCCAUAGACAGGUACAUGGUGAACUACACCUCUCCUGAUGGUGAUGCCAGGGAGCUGCCAGUGGGGCAGGACAGAAGUGUCCACACCCUGACAGGACUGAGGCCAGGUGUGGAGUACACCAUCUACAUCUGGGCUGAGAAAGGAACCCAGCAGAGCAAGAGCACGAACACUACAGCUGUGACAGAAAUUGACAGUCCAACUAACCUGGUGACUGAUCCAGUGACAGAGGACACAGCCACCAUCUCCUGGAGGGCAGUUCAGGCUCCCAUAGACAGAUACAUGGUGAGCUACACUUCUCCUGAUGGAGACAGCAGGGAGAUGGCUGUGGGGAAUGACAGGAGUAUUACCACCCUGACGGGACUGAGGCCAGGCAUGGAGUACAUCAUCUACAUCUGGGCUGAGAAAGGAACCCAGCAGAGCAAAAGGGCAGACACUAAGGCACUGACAGAAAUUGACAGCCCAACUAACCUGGUGACCGAUCAAGUGACAGAGGACACAGCCACCAUCUCUUGGAAGCAGGUCCAGGCUCCAAUAGACAGAUACAUGGUGAGCUACACCUCUCCUGAUGGAGACAAAAGGGAGAUGGCAGUCGGGAAGGACAAGAGCAUCACCACUCUGACUGGACUGAGGCCAGGUGUGGAGUACAUUAUUUACAUCUGGGCUGAGAAAGGAACCCAACAGAGCAAGAGGGAAGACACUAGAGCUGUGACAGAAAUUGACAGCCCAACUAAUCUAGUAGCUGACCGAGUGACAGAGAACACAGCCACUAUCUCCUGGACGGGUGUUCAGGCACCCAUAGACAGAUAUAUGGUGAGCUACACCUCUCUUGAUGGGGACACCAGAGAGAUGGCAGUGGGGAAGGAUAGGAGCAUCACCCUGACGGGACUGAGGCCAGGCAUGGAGUAUAUCAUCUAUAUCUGGGCUGAGAAGGGAACUCAACAGAGCAAGAGGGCAAGCACUGAAGUACUGACAGAAAUUGAUGGCCCAACCAAUCUGGUGACUCAUCAAGUGACAGAGGACACAGUCACCAUCUCGUGGAAGCAGGUCCAGGCUCCCAUAGACAGAUACAUGGUGAGCUACACCUCUCCUGAUGGAGACACCAGAGAGAUGGCAGUGGGGAAGGACAGGAGCAUCACCACCCUUACCGGCCUGAAGCCAGGUGUGGAGUACAUCAUCUACAUCUGGGCUGAGAAGGGAACCCAGCAGAGCAAGAGGGCAGACACUAGAGCUGUGACAGAAAUUGACAGCCCAAUUAAUCUGGUGACUGACCGAGUGACAGAGGACACAGCCACCAUCUCUUGGCAGGGAGUCCAGGCUCCCAUAGACAGGUACAUGGUGAGGUACACCUUACCUGAUGAGGAUGCGAAGGAGAUGGCAGUGGGGAAGGACAAGAGUGUCACCACUCUGACCGGACUGAGGCCAGGCAUGGAGUACAUCAUCUACAUCUGGGCUGAGAAGGGAGCCCAGCAAAGCAAGAAGGCAAACACUAAAGCAUUGACAGAAAUUGACCCUCCAAAGAACCUCCGGGUGUCGGAUGUUACACAGUCUACCAGCAUAGUGAAUUGGACACCACCAACUGCACAAAUCGAUGGCUACACUCUGACCUAUCAGGGUGUAGACGGCACCAGCAAGGAAGUGCAGUUGGGUCCUGACGACCAAAGGUUCAUGUUGGAAGGACUGGGAAAAGGGGUGAGAUAUACAGUUUAUGUGCUGGCUUUCAAGGGAGACCGCUGGAGCAGGAAAGCAAGCAGUUCCUUCUCGACAAUUGGCUUCCUCUACCCCUACCCUGCAGACUGCAGCCAGAUGCAGCAAAAUGGGAAUGCUACCAGUGGCAUGUAUACCAUCUACCUGAAUGGUGAUGCUAGCAGGCCCAUGGAGGUGUACUGCGACAUGACCACAGAUGGAGGUGGAUGGAUUGUAUUUCAGAGGCGGAAUACAGGGGAGCUGGAUUUCUACAAGCGUUGGAGGAAUUACGUAGAAGGCUUUGGAGAUCCUACGGGGGAAUUUUGGCUUGGUCUUGAUAAGCUGCACAGUCUCACCAGUGCCACACCCAUCCGAUAUGAGAUCCGGGUGGAUUUGCGGACUUCCAAUGAGUCUGCCUAUGCUGUCUAUGAUUUCUUCCAAGUUGCCUCAAGCAGGGAUAGAUACAAGCUGUCUGUAGGGAAUUACAGAGGCACUGCUGGGGAUGCGCUGACUUACCACAAUGGCUGGAAAUUCACAACGUGGGACAGAGACAAUGAUGUGGCUCUGAGCAACUGUGCUCUUGCGCAUCGUGGUGCCUGGUGGUACAAGAAUUGCCACUUGGCUAAUCUCAAUGGCAAAUACGGGGAAACCAAGCACAGUGAGGGGGUGAACUGGGAGCCAUGGAAAGGCCACGAGUUCUCCAUUCCUUUCACUGAGAUGAAGAUCCGUCCUCAAUCAUCCAGCAAUGAGCCCAUCCUGGGGAGGAAAAAGAGGUCUCUGGCAGGGAAGAGGAAGAAGACCAGGGUUUAAAAUAGCCUCCUGUCAAUUCACGGCAAUGCCUAGUGAUGAAAUUUCUUUAUUUUGUAACAGUGUCAGGCCUCAGGCAGCUUGUUCCAGCUCACUUAUAAUCACUGACCAACCUGCUUCAGUCCCCACUUGGAGCUCUUUGGGUUUGCAACCUGGCCUGCUUUUAAGCUGCUGGGGACUCCUGACAGGUGAUCAGUAAGAAGGUGGUUAGGGACAGAUGGGGAAUGUUAAGGACUUACAACUCUCUUUAUUCACUGAACUCAACAAUGACCCGACUAGUCCAAUGUACACAGUUGAUCUCUCCUUACUGAUCUUUGUGUACCUUACAAGCAAGCUUUAAUGCAUGAUGCUGCUUCUUAAACCCCCAUCUUAACAAAGGCUCUCCUCUGCUUGAUACUGCCACCAUCUGCUGUUCUAAAGCUUCAGGCCUCAAGAGGGUCCUGUCAGGGUAAAA